GGCCGGCUCGCGUCGCUGUCCGGAGUCCAGUCCGGGCCAGCCCGCGGCCCCGUUUCCGCCCCCGGCGUGGCGACGCCACCGCCCUCAUCAGCGCCGCCACCACCUCGCCCCGCUUUCGUUUUUGGCUCCUUCCGCGGAGAGGCCAGCCGGCCAGGGAAUCAAUCAAACAACACUCCUCCUCCUAUAUAGAGAGAGCUGGGAACAAGACGGGAGGCAACUGGUCUGGUCGGUGCUCGCCACCUUUAAUUUCCUCCUCUGCUGCUGCUACUAGUUUAGCAAGCUUGCUCAGCCACCUUUUUGGACGCUCGCUGCUCCCGACAAGACCGCCCUCCAUCCUGCUGCCAUCACAGAUCGGGAUCUCGCGGGGGGGCUGCGAUUCAUUCGCCAAUCGCCAGCUAGCACUCCUACUCCAACGCCACCCAUCUCCGAGUCUUUGACAAGUCUUGACAGAUUGGAGCAACUGUUCUGAAGAUUUGAGACACUGUUGGAGAUGGGUACAAGGAUGCCAAUCUUACCCCGACUAUCGAGCACACUGUCCACGGCGUUGCUUGAGUGGAUCUUGAUGCUCCUGCUGUUCAUCGACGCGGUUUACAGCUUCUUGGUCACUAGAUUCGCCCGUCUCUGCAGAUUACCAGCGCCAUGCCCUUUCUGCUCAAGGCUUGAUCACGUCCUGGGCAACGAGAAACCAUGUUUCUAUAGAGAGUUGAUCUGCAAAACUCACAAGACGGAGAUUUCAUCCUUGGCCUUCUGCAGUCUCCACCAGAAGCUCGCGGGAGCCCAAAAUAUGUGUGAAGGGUGCUGUGGGAAAGUCACCCAUGAUGAUAAAACAGAUGAGACUGUGAUGGAUGCCAAUGUACUUUAUAGCAAACAAAGAAUUGAUGAUGCUUUGAAUUCCCCUCGUGAAAAAGUUUGCUCGUGCUGUGGGCAGCAUUUUAAGCAACGGACUGUAGCUUUGUCCUCUAGAAAGACUGCAGAGCUAGAGCCUACUGGAGCAUUCGGCUCACCAGAAAUUUACACAGAGUAUUCUGUAGUAUGUCAAGUGGACGAGCCUUUGGAGCCUAAAGAUAUAUACCACCAAACUGACUACAGGUCUAAUGAGCGAGAUGAUCUGCUACAGAUGACAUCUGACUCUGAGAUUGAGGUCCCUUGUGCCAAUGAUGUGAAAAGUUCACAAUCUCGUGAAGCCAGUGUUGUGGACGAAGACUUACAAGAAGAUGCAGCUUGUGAGCAACCCGUUCUUCCUUCCCCUGUGGUGAUCAAGGAAUCUGAAAUAAUUGUCAAGAAGGAGCCCAGUGUUGAAGACACCUGCAAUACAUCUUUGGCGUGUCCUGCUGUGGAUGAUCAUCCAAAUAGCGGAGGUGAUGUGGACCGGACGGAAGAAAAAGAAAGCCUAUCCAGAAAAUUGGCAUCCCGGCAUGAUCCUGUACUUGUUAUAGAAAAUUCAGGUUUAGAAGAUGCUGGUAUUUCACAAAUUCCAGUUAUGCCAAGUGAUGAGCUACCACAGGUUCCUGGUGAGAUUGAACCAUCUCAGAGCACAAGUGAAGGCAACGCUGAUCCAUAUACAUCUCAGUUCACAAUACUAGAGGAGCACUAUGCUGUUUCAGAAGAAGGAAAUAUAAAAGGUAUUCUGGAACAAGUUGAUGUGCCAGAAAUUACUGGCAGAUCAAGUGGUGAGUUUCAUCAGAGAAUUGCGUCAGCAGCUGAUCCACAUACAAAUGAACUGGUGCUAGAGAACGCUCAUCAUGGUGCUUCAGAAGACGCAAAUCAGAAAGAUAAUUGCGGGGAUAUCCAUGUUUCACAAGUUAGUGCUGGUUCCAAAACAUGUGGUGAAGUUAAUAAAAUUGAACCCACUGGUGACAUGGGGGCACACAAACUGAUAGUCCAAGAUCCUUCUGGUAGUGCUCCCAAAGAUUUAAUAGAUAAAGAUUAUGUGGACGAACCUCAUAUAUCAGCAACUACCGUAAGAUCAAGUGGUGAAAUACCUCAAGAUCAUAGUGCCACCGAGGAAUACCCAAAAACAAGUGACAGUGUUGUUGAAAGGAGACCAUCUCUAAGCACUCAGAUUAGCAUGAAUGAAGCCUAUAGACUUGCCAUUGGCAACAAGGGUAGCUUGCCAUCCCCUACCUUGACGGAUGUAAUCCUUGGAAAGGACUCUACUUCUAGCAUAAACGAAGAACUGAGACUACUGCUAUCACAGCUCUCAGCUUCCAGGGGGCUUGAGGCACCAUGGGUCGAUCCAGGCCCUAGCCCACGUGCAUAUGGACGUGGUGAUGAGUUGGUGGUGCAGAACAUUACCAAUAGAAUUUCACUUGAGAGGAAUGCUUCCGGUUUGGAGUCUCUAGACGGAAGCAUUGUCAGUGAGAUGGAAGGUGAAAGCACCAUUGACCGGUUAAGACGACAGAUUGAUCUUGACCGGAAAUCAAUACACCUACUCUGCAGAGAACUGGAAGAAGAGAGGAACGCCUCAGCCAUUGCUGCAAGUCAAGCUCUGGCUAUGAUCACCAAGUUGCAGGAUGAGAAGGCUGCAAUGCAGAUGGAAGCUUCGCAUUACCAAAGGAUGAUGGAAGAGCAAGCUGAAUAUGACAGUGAAGCGCUAGCGAAAACUAACGAGUUACUCGCUGAAAGAGAACAACAAAUAGAGGAACUGGAAAUUGAGCUCGAAAACUAUAGGAGACAGUAUGGAGGUGGAGCAAUAGAGGAACGAGGCAAUCAAGCGGCUUUUAAACAAGAAAAUAGGGAUACAGCUAUGCUUGACGUUGGUGAUCUUGAAGAUCCUUUGAAGCAGGGCAUAAAUUCCUUGGUGAGUUUGGAAGAGGAGAGGGCAUAUAUAGCAAGUGGUUUGAGAAAAUUGGAGCAAAAGCUCCAAUUCUACUCCAACAACAGUGUUUCUGUUGAUUUACCCAGUCCAGAUGUUAAGGAUGACCUCUCUGACAAAGUAUAUGUCAUAGAAGACUUCUCGUUAGACCGCCAGGAAAGCUCGAUAGAGAGCAAAGAAGCUGGCUCAUUGACAACUAGUGGGAAGAUUGAUCUAGAUGCAGUGCAGGAAGAAAUUUCAAAAUUGAACAGAAGACUGAAGACACUAGAAGGAGAUCGCAGUUUUCUUGAACAUAGCAUCAACUCCCUCAGGAAUGGCGACGAAGGUUUGAUGUUUAUACAGGAAAUUGCUUGCAAUCUGAGAGAACUGCGAGCAAUUGCUAUUGACAAGAAAUAGAAUUUACCAAACUGUGUAUAAUAGUCAUUUUCAAACUUAUUUGUGCGAUAGGUAUCUUCUUUCUUUCUUUCUUUCUUUCUUUCUUUCUUUCUUUCUUUCUUUCUUUCUUUCUUUCUUUCUUUUUUUUUUUUGCGAUUGCAAUAGGUAUUGAAUCAACAUAUGAAUUGUGCAUCAUGUGUAUCAUCUAAAUGAAAAGAAAUUCUUCUUGUAUGUAGGCACCAGAUAUUGUUGUAAUUAUCUUGAAGGAAAUUCACAGGAAAGGAAUUUUCGAUGCAUA